CAGAAACACGCAACGACUCCAUUGACUGCGCGAAAGGACGCGACACCGCGCAUGUGGGCGAGCGCUUCUCUCGCAGGACCAAGAUGCAUUCUGGGAAAUGUAGUCUUUAUCGCAUCUAGCCAAAAAUAUUACAUUUAUGUCUAACAGGCAGGCAGCCCAGUGCAAGAGGGACUACCCUGCUUGCUUGAACAACAUGAAGAUACAUAUUUGGCUUCAGAACACCUCGUACUGCGCUCAAAACAUGCAGGAUGAUUUACUGAUGGACAAAAGCAAAGCUCAGUCUCACCAGCAUCAAGACCCGUCAAAUCCAGAGUCUCCAUCCACCCCGACCCCCUCCGACCUGCCGAUCCCGGACGAGCAGAACCACGAGCGGGUCGCCAUGGAGUCUCCAGUAUUGCCGGGUUUGGGUUUCCACCAGGAGUCCGUCGGAUCCUCUCUAUCACCGUCGUUCGGCAGCACUUGGUCCACCAACACCGUAGACGAGAGCUUUUUCCAAGGGAUUCCCUCGGUGAACGGCACGAUGCUUUUCCAAAACUUUCCCCAUCACGUCAACCCGGUAUACGGUGGUAAUUUUUCCCCGCAGAUGAGAAGAUCUCCAGUGAAUGUCAACCAGAGAAACCCCUACAGUCACCAGACCCUCAUAAAUAAAGUGUCCGCGUCGUCCUCCUCUUCAUCCGCCUGGAACAACCAUCAGAACGCCGUGUGGAGCUCCGCGGCGAAUCCCUGGAGCGGCAGAGACCCGCGGAGAGCGAUCGGGCUCGGCGUCCCGUCUCCGCUCAACCACUUGUCCCCAACCAAGAAACCCUUCCCGAGUAAUGUCAUCGCACCCCCGAAAUAUCAGAGACCCGGAGCCCUGCAAAAACCAUGGAUGAUCUCUGAGCCUCCAGAACCCUUUAGAACCGACAACAGCAACAACUUGCUGCCAUUUCAGGAAAGGAAUCGACCCUUCGACCCAUUUAAUUUGCAAACUUUGGAGAAUUCCCUAAUGGACAUGAUUAGGACCGACCAUGACAAAGGUCGCAUGGGACUGAACUUUCACCAUCCAGUAGCCGAACAUAUUUUACCACUGAACACCAGAAGUUAUGGUCGCAGAAGAGGUCGUUCUUCGCUGUUUCCGUUUGAGGACGGCUUUCUGGAUGAUGGUCACGGCGAUCAGACGCUCAACCCUGGCCUGAGCUCCCCAACCCGCUGUCAGAACGGAGAGAGGAUGGAGCGUUACUCCAGGAAGGUGUUCGUUGGUGGACUGCCACCGGAUAUCGAUGAAGAUGAGAUCACCAACAGUUUUCGUCGGUACGGACACCUGGUGGUGGACUGGCCACAUAAAGCAGAAAGCAAAUCUUAUUUUCCACCUAAAGGUUACGCGUUUCUGCUCUUUCAGGAGGAGAGUUCAGUUCAGGCUCUUAUUGACGCCUGCAUUGAGGAGGACGGGAAACUUUACCUGUGUGUCUCCAGUCCAACUAUUAAAGAUAAACCAGUUCAGAUUCGCCCGUGGAACCUGAGCGACAGUGACUUUGUGAUGGAUGGUUCUCAGCCUUUGGACCCACGCAAGACCAUCUUUGUAGGAGGCGUUCCUCGGCCUCUUCGUGCAGUGGAGCUGGCUAUGAUUAUGGACCGACUCUAUGGAGGUGUGUGUUACGCUGGCAUUGAUACAGACCCAGAACUCAAAUACCCUAAAGGGGCGGGCCGGGUGGCCUUCUCCAAUCAGCAGAGCUACAUCGCUGCCAUCAGCGCCAGAUUUGUUCAACUCCAACAUAACGACAUUGACAAACGGGUGGAAGUUAAGCCGUACGUUCUGGACGAUCAGAUGUGCGACGAAUGUCAGGGCGCUCGGUGCGGAGGCAAGUUCGCGCCGUUUUUCUGUGCCAACGUCACGUGUCUGCAGUAUUACUGUGAGUACUGCUGGGCGAGCAUUCACUCCCGCGCCGGCCGCGAGUUUCACAAACCGCUGGUGAAGGAGGGCGGAGACCGACCUCGGCACGUUUCCUUCCGCUGGAGCUGAUGUCAACCCGAUCCGUCUCUCCGCCCAUUCGACCAGUAACUCUUCAAACACACAUCUGGAUCAUCUUAUCAGUUUUAGUCACAAAUCCCAUAAUGCUUAUGAACAUUUGGAAAAUACACAUUUUGAGUCUGCGUGCUCAAAAGUUGCACUUUGGCACAAACGUACGUACGUGAUCUACAGUCGAUGUUAACGCUUGUAAGGAUGUUGUGCUCCGAAUCUCUUUUUUUUUUGUUGGAUGGUUAGUGCUCCAUACAGGCAACUUUAGACUAUAUAUAUAUAUAUAUAAAACAUACAUUUACAAAAAGGAUAUAUUUUUUAUUGUCUAUUUAUCUAUAUAAGCAUAGGUAAAACAUGUCAGGUGUUUUUUUUAAGGAGCAUGCACUUAUUGUAAAAAAAAAGGUGUUCCCCUAGAAAGAAGAAGAAGAAGAGUUACCAAAGGUAAAAUCACUUUAUCAAGUGUAAAAACACCAACUUUACAGUAAAACAUCACUCACAGUUAUAUUAAUAGUAAUACCUCAUGCAUGCAGCUCUUCAGUUCGCUCAAUUUGUGCUUUUUAUUUUUUUACGACAGAGUUUUAGUGUUAUGUACAAGUUAUGCUGCAAUAGCUCAUGCUGCUAAAUCCGUGGUAUGAAUUCAUACCCAUUAUUCAGAUUAAAGUGUACAGGCACAGACGAACGGCAGGCGGGUUUGCGUUUGCUCCCCAGAACCGCAUGCUGAAUUAGACGAGGAGCACAAACCGAUCACGACAGGAACACAGAAAAGAACCGCAUUUGUAUGUAUGAUAACGCUAUAACAGGUGAAGUAUUUUUGCAGUGAUUGUUCAUAGAGUUGUGCAAUUUUUUAUACCGUAUGUAGUUCGAUUAUGACGCCUAGAACUGUGAUUUGCUUUAACUGUUAUCGAUGUCUAACACGGGAGUCCUGUGACACUUCGUAGCUAGCGUAUGUACGCAUAUAAACGUAUAAGUUCUCUCACACUUUUGCAAGUCCAACGACAGAUCAGGAACCAAAGAGUGCUUUUCCCGAUAGAAAUGACCAACUGUUCAUCUCGAUACUGUUGUCUGGUGAGGUGAAUGACUCAAACACUGGCUCUCCAAUUAAUAAUCUGCGUUUUAUGAGCUGCACAUGACUUUGUGUGACCGCUGCAUUUAUAUUCAGAUUAUCCUGCAAAGCUUGAAGUCGAAUCAUGAUGAUUUAAUAAACAAUUAAGAAGGGUGGGCGUGGACGGAGAGACGCUCGUGUCUGGGGUGAGGAGGAAGAGUAUUAUAUAAGAUGACUUAUGGAGGCUGGGUUUGGUAAAGAGCGGAACUCAUUGCGUCUCGAAUCCUCGUUUCGUAAGCAUCAUUUUAAGUCCUGAGAGUUAAAAAAAACUACUUUUGUAUAGAUUGUGGGUAGUGGCGAUGAUGAUGAUUUAAGGUUGAAUUCUGGGUAUCUUUGUGAAAUGUAUCCUUCCCAGCCCAGAUUUUUUUCUACGUUCUGUAAUAGAUAAUAUUUGUUAUGCACUACUCUUUGUAUCUGGAUGGUUGAGCAGUCAGCGUUUAUUUUUCAUCUUUAUUUUUGUUUAAUAGAGAAAUAUGUGUGCUUUCUGACUGACCUGAUCUUUUGCAAUACCUCAAUUUUGAAAUAGGAGAGAGAUCGAUAUUUUCUAAGUAAGUUUAUUCAAAUAAAGAAUAUAUUAAUUUAAUUCUGCUAAGGAGAAAACAAAUGAUUUAACAUAUCUAUAUAUAGUUAAUUUUAUUUUUGUCAUGCUUGUUUGCUUUUAAUUUUAUUUUUGGAAAAAAACUAAAAACAAAAACAACUGAAGGAGUUUGAGCUGUGUUAUUUUAAUACAAUACUGUAGGAAUCUGAAGUAGAGAUGAUCCUCACGACAUCACAGUGUUUCACAAACAAACAUCAGAUCUUAUUUGUAUUUAUACAUACAAAUAUUAUAUGUAUAUGCUAUAUGGUCAACAUGCCUUCGUCGGGUGCUUAAAGUCGAAUAAACGUACUACUUAUGUUUUUUGUAUAUUUACAAUCAGUCCUUCAGUAUGUAUGUUGACCAGAGUAGAAUUUUUUUUUAUAUAUAAUUUUCCCCCUUUGUUUUAUAAUGCGCACAUGCCCAAAUUUGUUAACCAUAAUUUUUUUGAAAGAGAAUUAAAGUUAAUAUUUCACAGUAAUGAAAGCCCCGGGAUGCAACGGUGUUGUGGUUGCCUUCUCACCCAAGACUUGAAUUAGUCUCUUUUUUUAAGGCUAAUAUCUUUGUUGUAAUGUGCAAUACUGUUUGUACCGUUUGUAAAAAAGAAAAAAAAAAUGAAAAAGAGGCAUAAAUCUUAUUUUCAUUGCAAGCAUUGUGAUUCACUAAAAUCAUUUUCUACUGUGUAUUUAAUCGACAUGCUCGUACCUUCCAGUAGUAAUGUAGCCUUUGUACUGAGAAAUUUUUUCAUUAUUUUUAAAUAUUUUUUUUUCAACAAAAAAAGACAUAUUUACGUAUUUUCCAUUAUUAUUUUUUUUAUUUUGUGGUUGGUUUCUUUAGACACUUAUUCCUCAGUCAUUUCUGGGGCUAGACUUUCAUAUCUGGUCAAUGUUGUUUGAUAUUAUUUUGUAUUUUUACUUGGAAUAAAUUAAUUUUUAUGGCGCUAAUUCUUAAA